AUGGUUCGAUGUCCUCGUGUUGCGUGGCGCCUGGCUGCUGCCACGGCGGCUGCAGGGGGAAGUACGCUGGCGCCAGCAUGCUGUGAGGAACGGAAGAAAGGGGUCGUCUUCGUGGCGCCGGAUAUGCGGGGCGGUCGAGGAAACCAAGGCCUCCGGGGCCUCCUCCUGGCUUUCCACGGCCAGGGGCUUCGGCACGCCGUUGAGGUUCGGAGGAGCAGCACUCCGGGGGCUUGCUUCGUCGACCGCCGGAUUCACGAGUACGUCGAGGACGUGUUAAACUCGGGUGGCCGGGCGGCGAACCUCGAAAAGGCGUUCUCCUACCGCUGUGUGGAUGCACCCGGGCAGAGCUUGGAGGACGUGGACGUGGCUACUGCAGCUGCGAAAGUGCGAAAUGCUUCCGCAGGGGUGGAUCUGCUGGCUGCCGUGCCUUCUGCCUUCGAGGAGUUGAUUCCCUUCGCCGACCAGCUUUCCAGUGCACUCAGCUUGCCCUUGGCCAAUGACGCCAGCACAUCGAGACUGCGUGUGGACAAGUUCCAGAUGCAGCAGGCAGUGCGCGAGCGCUGCGGCGUGGGUGUCCGACAGACCCUGGCGGCCUCGGUGCCAGAGGCUCUGGCAGGCAGCGGGGGCAUCGGAUAUCCCAUGAUUGUGAAGCCGGUGAACAGCGCAGCCAGUGAUGGCCUCUUCUUGUGCCGAAGCGAAGCAGAGCUCAAACUCGCCGUUCAGAGCAACCUGAGCUCUGCGGGAGUCUUCCAGCAGAAGAAGACGGCGGUGGUGCUGCAGGAGUACCUGCAAGGCGAGCACUUUGUGGUAAACAGCAUCUCCUUGGACGGAACUCACCUGGUACAGGACCUCUGGCGGGAUGAGAAGAUCUGUUCCGAUCGCGAGAUCUUCUACGGUCAUCAGACCCUGGUGGACGCGGAGGAGCACCGCGAUGUCCUGGAGUUCACCUACCAGGCCCUGGACGCCGUGGGGCUGGGGGUGGGCGCGGCACAUCUCGAGGUGGUGCGCACUCGGGAAGGAGUGCGACUCGUUGAGAUCAAUCCGCGCACAGCAGGGCACGAGCCCCGGGCGACCCAAAUCGUCGGCCACGACCAGUACACUCGCCUCGCACAGGCUGUCUUGCGCCCUGGCGACUUCCUUGAGGAUGCGGCGAAGCCUGACAAUGCACGACCGUGGCCGAAUGGGAGCAUGAUGGUCGUGUUCCUUCGUGCCCCAGCGGAUGCGGAAGUACCCAGCGCUGAGCUGCUGAAGAUCGUGGAGCUGCCGACGUUUCGAAGCUUCGACCGGGCUCCGGUGGCCAUGCUCGAGGAGGUGCUUGCAAAUUAUCCUUUCUCCUUCUGGAUUGCGGCCCGGACUCGGGACCUCUUCACUGUGCCGAUGGCCGUGCUCCUGGCCGGCCCGGAGGAGGCCCUGGACCGAGACCUGCGGCGCAUUCGGGACCUCGAGAUGACGACGCUGUACCAACGCUACGGAUCCUUCGACCCCGUGGCCUGCGCCGGCGUUCUCACCGGCGGGGACUACGACGCCUGGAAGGCACGCCGUGCGGAACUGGCCGCGAAAAGGAAUGCCGAGAAGGCUGCAGAAACGGACAAGACGGGAACGGCUCCGAUCCCACCGACGCCUCCAAACGAUGGCUGCAUCUCCACUUCGGAGCGAGGGAUGCUAAGGCUCGGCCGAUUUGGCCUCCGCGACCUGCCAAAACGCUUCGAGGGCGGCUUCGGAGCGGUCCAGGACUGGUCGCGCGUGCUCUCCUUGGGGGAGCAGCAGCGCCUGGCCGCAGCGCGCUGCCUUACUACGCAGCCACGUUUUGUGGUGCUCGAUGAGGCCACAAGCGCUCUGCCACUAGCUGCGGAGAAGACCGUCUACGACCA